AUGACCUCGAGCAGGGAACAAGGUCAACCGGUCGUGCUUGGCUAUCUCAAAAAUCUCUUGCUCUCUGUUGAGGGACUUCAAUACACCACGUUACCACAAGCUAAAGAGAUCCCUCAAGUAAGCUACUCCUCGACUGGUGCUGAAUUGAGCGAGAAGCCACGAUUCGCAUAUUUUUCCCGAGUGGUGCCUCCUGACAAUCUCCAAGCACAAGUGAUGGCACGAGUGACAUUCUUGACUCUGUCAGAAGACAUGAGGGCAAAAAAGCAAAAAGCGUUAAGCAAGGAGCUCGGUCACCCUCUUCCUUGUUUACCUAGCAUUUGCAUAAUCGUUUUACGUUAUGACAUAUUCGAGAAUUGGACUGGACGUAUGUGCAUGCUAUCGCCGAUACUGGUUCCUAUGCCAUCAACUUUCUUCCGCAAGCUCUCACCGGCUGGUUUCACAUUCCUCGAAGAAUACUGGGAAUAUCUGGGUUGUGCCGAGAACUACGAACUGAAGUACUUUGGCGAAUGCUUUGAUCACAUCAACUACACCCUUAAACAGGAAUCGUACGUACCAUUCGUCAUCGAUGCGGUCCGUGUACUCGCAAGAGCAAUAUCGAAGUAUAUUACGGACGAUUGCGGUCAGAAGGAAUUUCAUCGCUGCGAUCUUUCGACGUCACGAUUCAAGGGUGAUCGUUUGCAAAAACAACGAGCCACCUUUGAUUCGAUGCCAAUGGAGAUGGUAUUGGACGCUAUGAUGUCUUCCAACUCGAUACUAAAGGGAUCUACCAUAAGAAAAACUCCUGGUCGCAGGGCUGAUCCCAAACAACCAUUUCAACACUGUCUCUACGGUGUGCUCCUCUCCGAUCAGUUAAGAGAUACGAUGAUUUGGUGA